AUGGCUGCUGAUGAACACCAAGAGUCUGUCUCAGAGGAAACUACGCCUCUCUUGGGGACGACGCCUGCGGGCGAUGGAGAGGAUUCGCCGCGGGUUCGUGUGACUCGGCUGAGAGGAUCGGCCAUAGUGGCUGCGAUGGGAUUGUUGCUGUUCAUCAUGACGACCAAUAUGUCGAUGAUGACCACUGCGCAGUCGGAUAUCGCCGCCGAUCUAGAUGCAUUCUCCGAGACGACAUGGUUCAACUCGGCCUUUUUGAUUGCCAUGUCCAGUCUCACUCCUCUUUCCGGUCGACUGUCCGAGAUAUUUACACCCCGCGUCUAUAUCCUAUUUUCAUGCACCCUGCUAUCUAUUGGCCUCUUUGUGACGGCAGCAGCUCCGACCCUGGCAAUUUUUCUUCUAGGAAGAGCGCUCACAGGAUGCGGUGCGGGCGGACAGAUGGUCAUCGCUUUUGUCUUGACACUGGAUUUAACGAGCAAAAAGCGCAGGGGCCUGUUCAUCGGUAUGAUCAGCACCGGCAUGACCAUUGGUGUCUCCUCAGGUGCAGUGCUCGCCGGCCUCUUGACUCCGGCUUUCGGAUGGCGUCUCAUCUUCUGGGUCCAAGCACCGGUUGCCUUGCUACUGGGCCCAAUGCAAUUCCUCGCGAUCCCGAAACGUCCCGGAGAUGAGCAGCUGAGUGGACGUGCCCUCCUGCAGAAGCUGGCGCAGGUUGACUAUGCCGGGGCGCUGACGUUGGCCACUUCCGUCUUCCUCCUGCUUUCCAGUCUUGCUGCAUCGGAAAUCCAGAUGACUCCAAUCUUCCUGUCUUUCGUCUUUCUGGCCGUUUUUUUAUUGAUCGAAUCUAAAUACACCGCCGAUCCAAUCAUUCCGAUCGAGGUACUCAAGGUGAGGAGUGUCUUACUCAGUUGCCUGGCAGGUGCGAUCACGAUGAUGGCUCGCUGGGCCGUUCUGUUCUACUCACCGGUAUAUGCACUCGUCGUUCGAAACUGGUCUCCGGCCUCCGCGGGAUUGAUUCUGGUUCCAACCAAUGCGGGAUUCGGACUUGGAGGACUCUUGGUGGGAUGGAUCCAUAUCCGUAAAACGGGAAGCUAUUACAUUUCCGGACUCCUGGCUUUCUUACUUUUCGCCCUAACGAACCUCAUGUUGUCGGUGCUUUCCACGCCAGAAUCUUCCACCGUUGCCUAUCUAGGUGCGGCCUUCUUCAACGGCCUAUCCGUCGGGGCAGUCAUGAACUAUACUCUCUCCCAUUUGUUGCAUCUCACCAACCCAGAGAUGCAUUACGUGAUCAGCGCCUUGUUAGGGAUGAGUCGGGGCUUUGCUGGAAGCUUUGGGUCGUCCAUUGGUGGGGGCUUCUUUCAGCGUGAGCUGAAGAGGGGUCUUGAGACGGGGUUCACGAAGCAUGGGCUCGGCGGCCGAGAUGAGCUGAUCCGUAAACUGCUCGGAAGUCCGGCGCUGGUAAAGAGCUUGACGGGGGUGGAGCGAGCCGUGGCGGUGCAAAGCUAUGAGCAAGCGGUAAAAAUGCUGCUUCUGGGGGGCUGCGUGUUGACUCUUGCUGGUGCUGCUGUACAGGCUGGGACUGGCUGGGCUCCGUAUAAGGGAGAGACGCGAGCAGAUGAUCUUGAAGACUUGGAGGCCACCCCUCAACGAGUUCGAUGA